GCAAAGCCGUUCGUGCUGCUGAUCGGGCAGUACUCGGUCGGGAAGACGACAUUCAUCAACCACCUCCUCGGAAAUCCUCCCACCGGAUAUCCUGGAUCCAACGUGGGGCCAGAGCCGACCACUGAUCGCUUCAUGGUCAGUGUGGCAAGGUGGAACGCCGUAGCUGUGAGCCCUGGGAAACCCUUCCGAGGGCUGCAGACGUUUGGGAAUUCGUUUCUGCAGAAGUUCCAGUGUGCUGAGACCAACGCUGAGAUCCUCGAGUCGAUGACGCUCAUCGACACCCCUGGCGUGCUGUCAGGAGAGAAGCAGAGGAUCGGGAGGAACUACGACAUGGCGGAGGUUUGCCGGUGGUUUGCAGAUCGGUCUGACUUGAUCCUCAUCCUCUUCGAUGCCCACAAGGCACUGAGGAGGCCGCGGGGUCUUGACAUAUCCGACGAGUUGAAGAUCGUCAUUGAGAGCCUGUCAGGAAAUGACGACAAGAUUCGCAUCGUCCUUAACAAGGCGGAUCAGGUCAACCCACAACAGCUGAUGAGGGUGUACGGAGCCCUCAUGUGGUCCCUUGGAAAGGUCUUCAGGACGCCGGAAGUUACCAGAGUCUACAUCUCUACCUUCUGGGACAAGCCGUUUGCUGAUGCUGGAAAGGAAUCAGCAGCGCUGUUCGAGCGCGAAAAGGCAGAUCUCUUCCGCGACCUCCGGGACAUCCCAAAGAACGCAGCCAUCCGCAGAGUGAACGAGCUGGUCAAGAGAGCGAGGACGGCGAAGGUCCACGCUCUCGUUUGUGCCUGCCUGCGCAAG